AUGUUUUCUGGUGGUUCAUUCAUAAACUUCACAAUUCCAGAUAAAAUCACAUAUAUUGGCAAUAAUGCAUUUGCACGGUGUAGAUCAUUAACAAACUUCAUAUUUCCAGAUAAAAUCACAUAUAUCAGAAAUAAUACAUUUGAACAAUGCACAUCAUUAACAAACAUCAUUAUUCUCGGUAAAUCUGUUUCAAUCGGAUAUCGAGCAUUUUAUUCAUGCACAAGUUUAACAAAUUUUACCACCUUAGGAAGCAUAUCAUAUCUUGGGAGAGAAUCAUUUUCAUUUUGUGGACUCACAAAUUUCACAAUAUUAGUGAAUGCAUUAAUUAUAGAAAUGGAUGCAUUUUCGGAUUUGCCAAACUUAACAAGUAUUACAUUUAUAGGGAGCAUAAAUUCUAUUAAUAAUUAUGCAUUUCAUCAUUGUACAUCACUAACAAAUGUUACAAUCAUAGGAAGUGUUACUUCUAUUGGAAAAGAAGCAUUUUCUUGGUUUACAUCUUUAACAAAUAUUGCAAUCACAGGAAAUGUAAAUUCUAUUGGAGAUCGUGCAUUUUAUAAUUCUACAGAACUAACAAAUGUUACAAUCACAGGAAGUAUAACAUCUAUUGGAAAAGAAGCAUUUAGCCUAUGCAUUUCAUUAAAAGAAAUCGCAAUCAAAGGUAAUUCACUAACUAUCGGCGAUAAUGGGUUUUAUUUAUGCAUUAACUUAACAAGUAUCACAUUUUCUGGUAGUUUAAGAUAUAUUGGAUGGAAUGAAUUUGGUGAUUGUCCAUUUUUAACAAAUAUUACAUUUCCAAGCAGCACCAAUUCAUUUUCAUAUGGUUAUGAAUUAUUUAUAAAAGAUGCUACUCUGGAUGAAUAUCCAAUAAGUUUUUUUUUACCUGGAUCCAAUAUUUAA